AUGAUUGUCCAAGACCACCAAAUUCCAGCUUCAGCUUCAGCUGAUGCCACACUAAAAAAAGGGGAACAAGUAACUGAUACUAUGCUCGUUAAUGGGUCCGACGGUCAUGCCGAGAGCCUGACAUCCGCAGACCGACAAAGAACCAUCGUUGGCUUUCGUUGGAUCGUUAUCUGUAUUGCCAUAUUUUCGGCCAACCUACUCUAUGGCCUCGAUACGACGAUUGCGGCCGAUAUUCAGGGGGCCAUAUCUGAAACCUUCAAUAAUGUCACGCAGCUGGGUUGGCUAGGCGUCGGGUUCAACCUCGGUUCUACGGUUGCCAUUUUGCCUGUUGGUAAAGCGUACGGCAUCUUUGACACCAAGUGGUUGUACAUAAUCUGCCUGAUUAUGUUUGCUGCUGGGAGCGCUCUAUGUGGCGGCGCGCCUAAUAUGAAUGCUAUGAUCGUGGGGCGAAUAUGGGCUGGGGUUGGAGGUGCUGGCAUGUAUCUUGGAACCUUGAAUCUAGUGACAACACUAUGUGCCCCCAGCGAAGUCUCGGUUUAUGUUGGACUCAUUGGCUUCGUGUAUGGAGGAGGCUGCAUCUUGGGUCCAAUCGUUGGCGGGCUCCUCGCUGACAGCGCAGCCUCUUGGAGAUGGGCAUUUUAUCUGAACCUGGUCAUUUUCGGAGCUAUGGCCCCUGUUUACUUCUUCAUGCUCCCUUCGGUACCAAGACAGGUUGACCGCACAUUCAACCAGAAGAUCUUUUCACUUGACUGGGCCGGUACUGUCCUCAGCGCGGCAAUGUACACAUGCUUUGUCCUAGCUUUUGCAUUCGGGGGGGUGGCGUGGGCAUGGAACGAUCCCCGCGUCAUAUCACUCAUAACCCUCUCCGCACUCUUUCUAGUUGCCUUUGGCACCAGCCAGCGCCUCGCUCUUUUCACCAACUUGGCUGACCGUCUGUUUCCCUGUGAUUUCUUGGGCGACCUUCAGCUUGUAUUGCUCUAUGUCUGUAUGGCGUGUGGUGGAGCGGCGUUGUUUGUGUCAAUCUACUACAUCCCGCUAUACUACCUGUUCGUUCAUGGGGAUACUGGCCUGGAAGCUGCCAUACGCUUACUCCCGUUCAUCUGUGUGUACGUUGCAGCCGUGUUGAUGGCUGGGUACGCAAUACCAAAGACGGGGUACCACAUGAUUUGGUAUCUCGUCAGUGGGAUAUUUCUUACGGCAGGCGGAGCGGCCAUGCUUACUGUGAGUCCUAAAACUCCGGACGCGCACGUCUAUGCAUUCUCUGUGCUGAUUGCGCUUGGCUUGACUGUAUGCCAAGCGAGCUACUCCAUCGCGGCGCAGUUGGUGAAGCCGGGGCGGGAGCCAGAGUCAAUCCAGUUCUUGAACAUCAGCCAGGGCCAGAGCCAGUUGCUAGGGCUAGCGAUUGCAAGUUCCGUUUUUCAAAGUAUAGCGUUCAAUGGCAUGAAGACCGUAUUAGAUGGUAUGGGGUUCUCGGACGCGGAGAUUCAGACGGCUAUUGCAGGAGCAAAGAGUGCCUUAUUGGAACGGGUCGAUGAUGAGGUGAGACAAAGGUGCACUGAGGUCAUCGUUCAGGCAGUAAGGUAUGAAUGGGUGCUCGUGAUCGUAGCGGGAAUCUUGCAAACCAUUUGCUCAUGCUUCCUCACACGGAAGCGAAGCACGGCUGGCCAGUUUAAAGAGGCGGCCAACUAG